AGGUGGCUGUAGAGAUCUCAAGUUUCUCAAAUGCAUCGAGAACAAAACCUUGACUGGUCACGUGAUCAGUACGAUAAAGAUGAUAACACCUGCUCUUCAACUGUGUCAGAAUAAUUGUUUUCGUGAACACAAAUGUGUAUCGUACAACUUGGGUCCAGUAKUUGGACAGACCAGGUCGUGUGAAUUGAAUGCCGCUGACCACUCRACUCGACCRAGUUAUUUGGUCAACAAAACAGGCUAUGAAUAUUGUCCUAUCUUGAAUCCCUGUUUGUCCAGCCCUUGUCCAGCUGGAAGACUUUGYACUCCURAYUUUGACUGGAAUACAUACAGCUGCAACGAUGGUGGUUGGACCCAAUGGAGUGCAUGGUCACGUGAAUGCUCUCAAUACCUACCAUUGGUCUGUACUCCAACUAAAACUAGAAAUUGUACAAAUCCUGCUCCUAGAAAUAAUGGUAUCGGUUGUCAAGGAUUGAGUGUUAAAACGAAGCAGUGCCAACUAAAACCAAAGGUCGAUACGACAGGCUGUACGAGUCCAUUGGGAAUGCAGGAUGGUACUAUCAAGGAUAAUCAAAUAACUGCGUCGUCGUCGUAUUCGAGUAUUCAUGCACCAAAAAAUGGACGACUGCAUAAACAAAAUGCUCCUGGUGUUGGUUAUGGAGCCUGGUCUGCACUAAAUCGCCGUAUUAAUGACGAGUAUAUCCAAGUUGACCUUGGUAUGGAGAAGGUCAUCACCAUGGUUGCCACACAAGGUCGACAAGACUGCUGUGCACAAUUUGUUACUAAGUACUCGUUAUCGUACAGCAAUGAUGCCAGUAAUUGGAAAAGUUACACAGAAGAUUGUACAAAGAUUUUUCCAGGUAACAGCGACAGAGAUACGGUCGUGAAACACGAGCUUGAAGUACCAAUCAAAACAAGGCACAUCAGACUGAUAGUGAAAGAGUUUAAUGAGCAUCCAUCUUUAAGAAUGGAGUUGUAUGGAUGCACAUUUAAAUGAGUGAGGAAAGCYGAGAAGCGAAUGACGUUCCUCUCUCUUAAAUGAAAAAAUUAUUGCCAUGCCCCUUUAUCAUAGCUGAAAAUUAGACGACACCCUCGUUCGCUUCCUUCAAAGUUAGAAUACUGUCAAACCAUACUAACCAGCUAUUGAACGUUUACGAGAGAAACUAA